AUGGUGUUGACGACUUCUUUUUGAUAAGUCACUAUUUUCUAAUCCAACAGUGUUUUAUAAUGCAGGUACGCUGGCUGUGAUUCCAUCCCAUUCAUUCAAAGAUUUCUGAAUAACAUUUGGGGAAUUUGCCUAAACCUAAGACAGGAAAUAAUCUUGUAGUUCAGUAUUUUCAGUCAUCAAGCAGCUACUGAUGCUACUUGAAGCUCUGCUUAUUUUGUGGUCUUGGUGCCAUUGUGACCUCAAGCUGUAGCUCAAAUCAGUCCAAUGCAACAGGAGCUUCAAGAACAGCAGCACAAAAUGAUGUCUUAACUGGUCGGGAAAAGAAGGCACAUAUUUUCAAGAAUUUCCCUUCAAGAUGACAAGUGGUACAAACUCUUCAGAAUCUUGUUUGUCCUCAAAAAAAUAGAUUACUGUAUCUCUUCCCACAGGAAUCCUAGAAUGGAUGACAACUACUUGAAAGAAUUGAAUGAAGACUUAAAGUUAAGGAAGCAGGAACUUCUAGAGAUGCUAAAACCUCUAGAAGAUAAGAACACUCUCUUACUCCAGAAGCUAAUGGCUAACUUGGAGGAAAAACAAAGAAGUCUGCAGAUCAUGAGGCAAAUCAUGGCAGGGAAAGGAUGUGAUGAAUCUUCAGUCAUGGAGCUUAUUAAGGAAGCAGAGGAGAUGAAACAGAACCUGGAAAAGAAAAACAAGAUGCUCCGGAAGGAAAUGGAGAUGCUAUGGAACAAGACAGUUGAGUCAGAAGAGCUCCAGGAUCAACAGAAAGCAGUACCAACAAAGCCCAAAGCAGACUUGAAAGAUGGAAAGGAAAAGCAACAGAGGAAAAUAGAAUGGGUCAAAUAUGAGGAACAUCCCAACAUCCUUCAGAAUGGCUUCCAUGGCAAAGUGAUUGAGCUGAGAAUUGAAGCCUUGAGGAACUACCAGAAGGCAAAUGACCUAAAAUUAUCACUGUACCUACAGCAUAAUUUUGAGCCAAUGCAAGAAGCUUUGAAUCUUCUGAGGCCUCAAGGUAAAAUGGGUACAACUAUGGAGAAAGCACCAACCAACAGAAAUGAGCCCGAUAUGACAAUCCCAAGAUCAAAGAACUACACAGAACAGCAAGAAGGAACUAGAGAGAGUCAGUCUGAUGAUGUUGGAGAGAGGCUCUUUUUUCUGAGGUCAAUGCCAGAUGAAGUUCUGAAGGAUUAGAAGGCUUUCACUCCAUUUGCUUUGGACAGAGUUAAAGACUAGGUACAGCCAUUUCUGUUCAUUAAAAUCUCUCAAACCUUGA